AUGAGCAAUCGAAAGCGAUCGCGGUCCGUUCAGGAGAAGACGCACGCAGGCUGUCCUUUCACAAUCACUUUCGCGCCAGGCCCAUCAGACGCAGAUAAGGGACGUCGUAACAACAAGAAGCGAAAACACAACGACCAAGAUGAAGAUAAAAAAUUUCAAAUUCAAAUCUCCCCCUUCUCUCCAACAGGCAGCUUCGAAGCUCACGACAGUCUGGACGUGUACUACACAGUCGAACCUAUAAAGCGAUGGCAAGAUAUGACGCGUUACAACAGCUUCGUUCUUAAUAGCAUCAAGUACUACAGAGACGGCUUCGUCUAUGUCGCCAACGAGUCAACUGUCAACCAUCAAAAGGCCACAAACGAUGGCGAAAGUGGCUACAAAAAGUCUAAUGGUGAGUGGGUCGCGCGCAUCCUCGAGAUCCGUGCUUCCAGUGAGCACAAUGUUUAUGUACGCGUUUACUGGAUGUACUGGCCCGAAGAACUGCCUGCCCUCUGGCACCAUCUACAACAAGAUGAGAGUUCGGGGCCGCCAGCCAUAUCAUGGCACUAA